CUAUGCUACAACUUAGUCCGGCUCGCUGGCAGUGCAAAGGACUCGCCUCGCCUCUGUAGCCUUGCGGCACGAGGCCCCUUGUUCUCAGGUCUAAUACUUGCUUUAGAGGGACGCGCUGCGGCCGCGUCCUGGAGCCCGCCUAGUCCUCGGCCAGGAGAACGGCUCGGAGCUGCAGCAACACGGCGGGGAGCGCUUCCCGGCUCCGUAGCACCCGCCGGUCUCAGCCAGCGGCCGAGUAGCUCCUCAGGCCCGCGCGGAGCCGCGGGCUGGCGGGGCGGACGGCGCCGGCAUUCUGCGUCACCGCCUGGGCGAGGUGGCCCGGUCGCUGACGCCAUCAACCCGGCACCUGCCAACAUGGAAGGUGGCGACGGCAGCGUCGCUGUGGCUGGCCUUGGGACACGGGGCUCUGGGGCAGCUGCAGCGACAGUCCGGGAGCUUCUGCAGGACGAAUGUUAUAGAGACUUUUUAAGUGAAGACUUUGAUGUAAAGACUUAUACUUCUCAAUCUAUUCAUCAAGCUGUAAUUGCUGAACAACUAGCAAAACUCGCUCAAGGAAUCAGUCAGUUGGAUAAAGAACUACACCUACAGGUUGUUGCAAGACAUGAAGAUUUACUGGCACAAGCAACUGGGAUUGAGUCUUUGGAAGGUGUUCUUCAGAUGAUGCAGACGAGAAUUGGGGCCUUACAGGGAGCUGUUGACAGGAUGAAAACAAAAAUUGUCGAGCCGUACAAUAAAAUAGUAGCCCGUACUGCACAACUAGCAAGACUUCAGGUUGCCUGUGAUUUGCUUCGAAGAAUUAUCCGCAUUUUGUAUCUCAGUAAGAGACUCCAAGGACAACUGCAAGGGGGAAGUAGAGAGAUAACAAAAGCUGCUCAGAGUCUCAAUGAACUUGAUUAUCUUUCUCAAGGAAUAGAUCUUUCUGGAAUAGAAGUAAUAGAACAUGAUCUGCUUUUUAUUGCAAGAGCUCGACUUGAAGUGGAAAAUCAAGCUAAGCGCCUAUUAGAGCAAGGUGUGGAGACUCAGAAUCCUACUCAAGUUGGAACAGCUCUUCAGGUUUUCCACAAUCUUGGAACUUUGAAGGAUACUAUUGUUAGUGUUGUGGAUGGAUAUUGUGCUGCUGUGGAAGAAAAUAUCAACAGUGCAUUAGACAUCAGAGUUUUGACUCAGCCUUCCCAGUCAGCUGUGAGAGGGGGUCCUGGACGAUCUACCAUGCCAACCCCAGGAAACACUGCAGCUUUCCGUGCUACCCUCUGGAGCAAUAUGGAGAAACUUAUGGAUCACAUUUGUGUUGUUUGUGGACAGGUACAACAUCUACAAAAAGUAUUAGCUAAAAAGAGAGAUCCUGUUUCUCACAUUUGUUUCAUUGAAGAAAUAAUUAAGGAUGGACAACCUGAAAUUUUCUACACGUUUUGGAAUUCAGUUACUCAGUCACUUUCUUCUCAAUUUCAUAUGGCAACAAACUCAUCUAUGUUUCUGAAACAGGCAUUUGAAGGUGAAUACCCUAAAUUAUCACGUCUCUAUAAUGACUUAUGGAAACGUCUUCAACAAUACAGUCAAAAUAUACAAGGGAAUUUUAAUGCAAGUGGAACUCCAGACCUCUUUGUUGACCUACAACACAUAGAAGAUGAUACACAAAAUAUAUUCCUACCCAAAAAGCCAGAUUAUGAUCCAGAAAAAGCUUUGAAAGACUCGCUACAACCCUAUGAAGCUGCUUACCUAUCAAAAUCCUUGUCACGACUCUUUGAUCCUAUCAACUUGGUUUUUCCCCCUGGUGGUCGUAAUCCUCCUUCCUCUGAUGAACUCGAUGGUAUCAUUAAAACUAUAGCAAGUGAACUAAAUGUAGCAGCUGUUGACGCAAACCUCACAUUAGCUGUGUCAAAAAAUGUGGCAAAGACCAUCCAGUUAUAUGGUGUAAAAUCAGAGCAGCUUCUCUGUACACAAGGAGAUGCAAGUCAGGUGAUUGGGCCACUUACUGAAGGACAGAAGAAAAAUGUGACAGUAGUGAAUUCACUGUAUAAGUUGCACCAAUCAGUAACAAAGGUAGUUUCCAGUCAGAGCUCAUUCCCACCAGCAGCUGAGCAAACUAUAAUAUCAGCCCUAAAGGCAAUCCAUGCCCUUAUGGGAAAUGCUGUGCAACCCCUACUGACUUCAGUGGGAGAUGCCAUAGAGGCCAUAAUCAUCACGAUGCAUCAAGAAGAUUUUUCUGGGUCAUCAUCUGGCUCGGGAAAGCUCGAUGUUCCUUGUUCUCUUUACAUGAAGGAGCUACAAGGUUUCAUUGCCAGAGUUAUGAGUGACUACUUUAAACACUUUGAAUGCUUAGAUUUUGUCUUUGAUAACACUGAAGCUAUUGCCCAAAGAGCAAUUGAACUUUUUGUCCGCCAUGCCAGUCUCAUUAGACCUCUUGGUGAAGGUGGGAAAAUGAGACUUGCUACUGAUUUUGCACAGAUGGAGCUGGCUGUGGGUCCAUUCUGCAGACGAGUUUCCAAUUUAGGGAAGUCCUAUCGAAUGCUGAGGUCAUUCAGACCACUGCUCUUCCAAGCAAGUGAACAUGUGGCCCACAGUCCUGCACUGGGGGACAUUAUUCCAUUCAGCAUCAUUAUUCAGUUUUUGUUCACAAGAGCACCUGCUGAGAUGAAGUCCCCACUCCAGAAAGCAGAGUGGUCCCAUGCACGCUUCUCUCAGUGGCUGGAUGACCAUCCGUCUGAAAAGGACAGGCUCAUCCUCAUCAGGGGGGCCCUGGAAGCCUAUGUCCAGUCCGUGAGAAGUAGAGAAGGCAAAGAAUUUGCACCAGUUUAUCCUGUAAUGGUUCAGCUGCUUCAAAAAGCUAUGUCUGCUCUUCAGUAACAAUAUGAAUGCUGUUAAUCUCCACUUUAUGCUAACACAUUACUAAUUGACAGUUAAGUAACAGUCUAAAACUUAGACAGCAACUACCCACUCUUUUAAUGGAACAGAUUUUUCUAUAUUUCCUAUUGAUGUCCAUUUUCCUCUUUAGCACUUCUACUUUAAGUAGCAUAAAAUGUCAAAAUAGAUUCAUCAUCACAGCCUGAUUCUUAAAAAUUCGUGGACCUGAUUAUUCCAGAAAGAUUGCAAUUUUUUCCCUCUCUUUGCCUUCUGUACAAGGCUAAAAUUUGUCAUCACCUGAGUUCCAUUACAGGUACAUCCAUGCCAAGUCCCCACAGCUUUUAAAGGGAUAGGAACGUGUGGCCUGCUUCCCCCCCAAGCUGCCCUCUUCCCUACUAUGUAGCUUAGCGGUUCCCAAAUAUGGUUGCACACUCACACCACCAAGGGAGUGUUUAAAAGUCCUGAUGCCUGACUUGUACUCCAUACUAAUUAACGUGUCUGGGAGAGGGAGCCAGGCAGCAAUAGUUUCUUAAAAACAUAUCCCCAUAGUGAUUCCAAUAUGCAACAAAGUUUGGGAACCACUAGCAUACCCCAAAGCUGAGAUGUAGAGUUAAAUGUUCUUAUUUAAAUGUUACCCUAAAUCUUUAAAUAAAGCAAGGCUUUCUUUACACUUUGUCAUUUGAUUAAAAGCAGACCUGGGGAUGGUUUAACCUUAUAACAAGUUAGCAGGUGGAAAAUAAAAUUUUUUUAUUCUACAAAGAUUCCCUAUAAAUAAAUGACCUAAGUCCUUCUUUGUUUUAUUGCCCUUGCCCCACUAUUAACAUUUUCGUUUCUAAUUUUUUUAAUCCCAACAGCAACCUCCUCUUUAUACAAACUAAAGUUUAACUGUAAGAAUGCAUAAGGCAAACCUCCUGAACCUGUUAUUUUGACAUAAAAUUCAGUCAAGAAGUCAGAGGUAAACAACUUUUUUUUCCAUUUUAUUUGAAAUAAUAUACAAGAAUAUAGUGUGCAAAAUUUAGGGGCAACAUUAUGAAGAAGUGUAAUGAACUGAAUAUCAAUUUGACAGCUGUGAUUCCUAACCAGAAACACCACUUGGUAAGUAACUUGAAAAGCCAUGAUUGUAGCUCAGAGCAAAAGCAACUGUAUUGCCAACAUAUUUGCUCUCAUUUUAGACAGUUGGAUGAAAAGUAAAGUGCAAGUGUUGCACUGCAAUAAGUGCGAAGUCUGCCCCCACCAUAAAGAUAUGAUGACAAAAUACAUUUAAGAUACAUGGCUGAGGAGAUAUAGAACACAAAGUUAAAAAAUACAAUGGUGUUGACUGUUAAUAGCACCAUUACAGUGACUACAUCCAAUGCUAUUAACUAACUUUAUGUUGGCCUGGGCUAGGUCUCCAUUGGAAAUAAUGGGUGGCUGCUGCCACCUGGUGCAUAAACUCAGCAUGCCAUGGGAACUGCAGCAGGUGGCUUUUACACGGGGACACUGACACCAGCCGCCUGCCACAUGUUCUGGUAGCCCCUUGGCACUGGCCACACUAGGAGUGCCUGUGUUUGGCACAGAUGCUGAGCCAUGUGGUGGCUGCUCGAGGAAAGGCCGACUCCCAGCUCUGCUUCAUCCCAUCAUGUGUACAAUACAGAUUAAUAAGCAGUAAGGAGCCAAUAUAUAAACAGCAGUUACAUAUUUUUAAAUUCCCCUUUCGUACAAUUUAAAAUAAAACAUGUAUACACUUCUC